CUCUGGGAAGUAAUUAAUGAGUGAAGAGUCUGGGGCAGAGGACUUUGUUUUUAACUCUUACCUGACGAUAUGUUUUUCUAAACUGAUUUUAGAGAGAGAAGAAGAGAGAGAGAGAAGGAGAACAUCAAUGUGAGAGAGAAGCAUCCAUCAGUUGCCUCUUGUACGCACUCGGACCGGGGAUCGAACCCACAGCCUAGGAGACCCGAGUCUGGUCCCCUGCUCCGUGCGCAGCACAGACCCCGUCUUCCGCACAGCUGGACGCCGCAGCCCCUUCCUUGGUCCCCCGUCCCCUGUCCUGUCUGCUACGAGCACGCACCCCGUGCAGUCUGGGUAUUUAAAACACAGUUUUCUUCCGGUGGCAACGUCGAGGACGACGGCCACGUUUCAGCGCCCGGUCCCCAGCACUGCCAGGCGAGCGAGGAGCGUGCAGGACAGAAAGAGCAUCGCAGGCAGCCCAGGCCAGGCCCCUCCUUUCGGAGAAGCAGGAACCAAAGCCCUCGGGGCCGCCUGCCAAGGCCACACAGUCGGCUAGUGACCAGUCUGGGCGACAAGCCAGGUCUCCUGGACCCUGGGACCAGGCGCUUUUCUUACCAGACUUUUCCUCCACGUUCUCAGAAGGCCUGGGGCCGGGCCCAUAGGCUACGGGGUUCUCUCCUUGUCUGCACGUGCUUGCACGCUCUUUCUUUCAGCAGGUAACGUCUGGACCCCGGAGGGAAGGGCCAGAUGUCCACCGGGGCAGAAGCCACGGCCGCCGGGGGCGAUCGUUCUGGAGACGCCGACGUGCACGUGACGUCAGCCUCGUGCAAAGGCUUUUGUUCGGUCCGACACGGGCUCGCCCUCAUCUUACAAUUUUGUAAUUUCGCCAUGUAUAUCCAAAAUGUGAACUUGAGCGUCACCAUGCCCGCGAUGGUGAACGGCUCUGUCCCGCCCUGCCCGGCCAACGCGUCUGAUGCCCGAGACGCCUGCAACGGAACCCUCCCGGGGCCUUGGGCGGCGGAGCCCGUGUACGACUGGGGUCCGGACAUCCAGGGGGUCAUCCUCAGCGCCCUCAACUACGGCUCGUUCUUGACCUCGCUCCCCAGUGGCUACGUGGCUGGACUCUUUGCAGCCAAGCACUUGAUCGGGGCUGGCCUGUGUGCCUCCUCCAUCCUGAGCCUCCUCACCCCAUGUGCGGCCGACGCCGGGGCGGCCUUGCUCAUCGCCCUCCGGGUGGUCCAAGGCGUGGCCCAGAUCGUUGUUGUGACAAGUCAGUACGAGAUCUGGCUGAAAUGGGCUCCCCCGCUGGAAAGGAACCAGCUCAUCAUCUUCAGUAUCUCAGGCGGAAUGCUGGGGGCCUUCUCUAUCCUCUUGGUCGGCGGGUUCCUCUGUGAGACCCUCGGGUGGCCUUCCAUCUUCUACAUCUCGGGUGGGAUCGGCUGCGCCUGCCUGUGUCUCUGGUUCCCUCUGGUGUACGACGACCCCGAGCACCACCCGUUCAUCAGUGCCCGAGAGAGGGACCACAUCGUGCACUCGCUGGCUCAGCAGGAACGUGUGCCAUAUCGGUCUCUUCCCAUUAAGGCGAUGAUGAAAUCCCUUCCUCUCUGGAGCAUUCUGGUGUCUCACUUCAGCGUGUGGUGGCAUUUCAGUAUCGUGGUGGCGUACUUACCGACCUACCUCCACUCUGUGCUUGCCAUCGACCUCAAGGAUAGCGGGUUCCUGUCGGCCCUGGUGAUGGCUGCCAUCUUCGUCUGCACCAUCCUCGGAGGCCUGCUGGCCGACCUGCUGCUCUCCAGAAAGGUCCUCCCCAUCCUCGUCAUCAGGAGGCUGUUCACGGCCAUCGGGGUCCUCUUCUCGAGCGUGUUCUCCGUGCUCCUGUCCUGGGUCAGCGGCAGCCGCGGCGUCGCCCUGGCCUUCCUGGUGCUGAGUGUCGUCCCCGGCAGCCUCUGCCAAGUGGGAGCCCUUGUCAACUUCAUGGACAUUGCCCCUCGGUACUCUGGCUUUCUCAAGGGGUUGUCACAGAUCUUUACUAGUCUGUCAGGAGUCAUCGCUCCCACCGUUUCUGGAUUUUUCAUCAGCCAGGAUGCAGAGUCUGGCUGGAGAAAUAUCUUCUUGCUCUCGGCUGCCAUCAACCUCCCCGGGCUGGUCGUCUUCCUCAUCUUCAGCCGAGCAGACGUGCAGGAGUGGGCGAAAGACGAGGCGCUCACCCGCCUGUGAGCGGAUGGGAGACCCCUGAGGUCGUGGGGCCGGCAGACUCUCCCUAGUGAGCAAAGUUUGUGAUCUGAAGAGCACAAAAUACUGUUAAAUUAAAGAAGAUUUAAGUGAAUGGAAAAGCAUCUCGUGUGCAUGGACUGGGAGGUUUGACACUCGUCAAACGGCAGGUACCCUGAAAGUGGCCCACAGAGUCAACCCGUCUUGGCCAGCAUCGCGGCCGAAUCGCUGUUAAGUCAUAGGUAAAGAAAACAGACUGUUUUAAUAUUUGGAAAACAGAAAGAACCAGCGAUGUUUCAAAGAACAAAGGCAUAACAUUAUAGUCAUCUUCCUCAGUUUACUCAGUCCCGUGGAAUUAAUUCUCGUUGAUCUUGAGCUCUUGUGAGGUUGAGGGUGCGUCCAUUUUUCCAUGAGGGUUCUGUGAAUUCUCUCACCCAGGUCAGCGGUGUGAGGAGGAAGUUACCAGAAAUUCGUAUUCUAGAACACUCGUUAGAUUCAUUUCCAUGAAUUGAUCUGGAGAUAAAUUACUUUUGCAGGAACAUUAAACACAACACUUGAACCGAAUAAAUGACAAAAGUUAAAAACGGCCAUGAUUGAGAUCUGAUGACAAUUUAUUACCAUUGACAAGGAAAUUUGCAUAUUUCUGUGACGCAUAACAUUUUGAGGCAGUUGGCAUUAUAACUGAUAACAUAAGGACAUAUCAGAAUUUUAAGAAUGUUAUACAAUUUCUAAACACAUAAUAUGUACCCAUACAGACACAAUAUAAAGAAAGCUUAGAAUUAUUCAUUUUUUUCCAGUGCUUCCCAUAUCAUGUAACCUACAUAAGCCUAAUUAGCAUAACAUUUAUCUUCUUAUAUGGAGAAAGAACAACUCCUCUGAGAUAUUUCAGAGACUGGAACACAGCACAGAGGUUAUAAAACACACUCCAGUGGGACUGCUGGCCACCGUGAGACAGCACUUACAGAUGUGAUCAAAGUAAGAACGAAUGCACAGGGAAGAACACAAAACUAUGUAGGUGUGAACAAAACCAAAGAUCUGAUAAACACAGGAAAUUAUCUUGGCAAAAUGUAGAAUUCUUUGUGUGUUUUGGGGGGCAGGUUACGUUAAGGUAAAAAAAAUUAUAACCUUCCAUCAAGAGCACACUGAUAGUCCAAGAAAACUUUGUCCUUCCAGUAAUGAAAAACUAAGUUCCAUUUUUACAUAAGUAUACUGAUAUUAAAGCUUAAUUUUAAAAUGCA